AUUAUCAUGAUUAUUAGAUUCCUUUUUUGGGGAAUACUGCACUGACACACUAGUGUAGCAUCGGUCACUAUUUAUUUUUUACUGUGACCUAUCUAAACUGGAAUUCUAGCUACAUUGCUUAAAGCAAUAUACAUUACACGGACACUUCUGUUAUAAUUGGCAGCAAUUCCCUUGGUUGACUUUAGGUCACCUUGGGACACAUCGCAUAGUUUUGUUCCUAGAAUAGUUCCAUACUUCGUGAUUCUAAGAUGCAAGGUUUUUUUGCUCUUUACACAUUGGCUACGGCUUCGUUGUCGCCUAUAUUUAGGUGGGUACGAUUCUUUAAUUGGAUGCCAGUUGAGUACCGUGAUAUGGAAUCUGCCAUUGACUCUACGAGUACGAAGUACGUACCAAGUGAACGGGAUGUUGAGCGUUGCAUUUCCAAUGGAUGGUGGGACUUGGCUCAGCGCAUAGUGUUGCUAUCGCAUGAGGAAGGCAUUGACCUAUCGUAUAUCGUCAGGCAGAGUGUUCAAAGGGUCCAGAAGCACUCUUCUGAUCUACUCAAGCUUUUAGACAGGCAUCACAACAAGGUUGACGUUGUGAAUACUGCAUUCCAAUGGGCUGAAUCUCCUUAUGAAAUUUUCUUAGCUGUUAAAUUCUCCAAUCGCUGGAGUAGUCCUGGCGCCCUUGUGGUAUCUAAUGAGUCACUUGAUAUUGAAGGCAAUAUGCUACGUUACGUCAGUACUGGUACUCAAUCUGACAAGCCUAAGCGUUAUCAGUUGAUUCUUGAGUUAUUUGACGAUGUCGUGAAGGACGAGACCAAGGUAUCUGCGGUAUCUAUGGGUAGAUUUACUAUAACACUGAAGAAAGCGCGUCCCGGGGUCUGGAAAUCUCUGACCAAGAGUCGCGAGAAGCUGCCUAAUCAGCAGGUUUGGUGGGAUAUGCAAGAGAAGCACCAGUUAGCGUGCGACGACUUUAUUUUCGACACUCGCAAUGCUAAGACUGAGGACCUCUAAUAUAUAGUUUUAUCAGAUUAU